UUCGGCUUGAGGCCAUCCCAUCUUACCUGGCGGCGGGCCAACCUGCAUCAACCGCCUUGCGAGCUCUCCAUCGACGAGCCAGACCGCCGACCGCCUUUCAAGCUUUGGAGGACCAGAGGAGCCCGUCGGCCCUCCUCAACCGCCAAAGAUGGCCAACCAAACGCCCGCCGUUGUCAUGGACAACGGCACGGGUUUUUCGAAGCUAGGUUUUGCCGGAAACGAUUCCCCUUCCUUCGUCUUCCCGACCGCGAUCGCGACCAAGGGCCCCGCCGGCGGUGGUGGAGGCUCCGGCUCAGGCCGCCCGGCGGUGGCCAACAAGCCGAGUUUCCUUACGGGCGGAGCCGGCCCCGGUGGCCACCUCUCUGGAAAGCGCGGCACCGAAGAUCUUGACUUCUUUAUCGGCGACGAAGCCGUUGCAGCAUCAUCUGGACCUGGAUAUGGCAUACACUAUCCGAUUCGGCACGGACAAAUAGAGAACUGGGAUCAUAUGGAGCGUUUCUGGUCCAACUCGAUCUUCAAGUACCUGCGAGUAGAGCCCGAAGACCACUUCUUCCUCCUGACGGAACCGCCACUGAACCCGCCCGAAAACCGCGAGAACACGGCCGAGAUCUUCUUCGAGUCGUUCAACUGCGCCGGCCUGUACAUCGCCGUGCAGGCAGUGCUAGCGCUCGCGGCGUCAUGGACAUCGUCCAAGGUGCACGACCGGUCGCUCACGGGAACUGUUAUCGACUCGGGAGACGGUGUGACGCACGUUAUCCCAGUCGCCGAAGGUUACGUGAUCGGGUCCUCGAUCAAGUCGAUCCCGAUUGCAGGCCGCGACAUUACGUACUUUGUGCAGUCGCUCCUCCGCGACCGCGGUGAGCCCGACUCGUCGCUCAAGGCGGCGCAGGAGAUCAAGGAGGAGUACUGCUACGUGUGCCCGGACAUGGUCAAGGAGUUUACAAAGUUCGACCGCGACCGGACGCGAUUCGCACAGCACGUGGUGGCGCAACCCGGCGGCCGGCAGGUUACGGUGGACGUCGGGUACGAGCGGUUCCUGGCGCCCGAGAUCUUCUUCAAUCCGGAGAUCUACAGCUCGGACUUUUUGACACCGCUGCCCGUGGUGGUGGACGGGGUGAUCCAGUCGUCGCCCAUCGACGUACGCAGGGGUCUGUACAAGAACAUUGUGCUGUCGGGUGGCAGCACGCUGUACAAGGACUUUGGGCGGCGCCUGCAGCGCGACGUCAAGCAGCUCGUCGACGCGCGCAUUCGGGCCAGCGAGGUGCGCAGCGGCGGCGCCAAGAGUGGCGGUCUCGAAGUUCAGGUCAUCUCGCACAAGCGCCAGCGGCACGGCCCCUGGUUUGGCGGCAGCCUGCUGGGCCAGACGCCCGAGUUCAGGUCAUACUGCCACACCAAGGCUGAGUACCAGGAGUAUGGCCCCGGAAUCGUGCGGAGAUUUGCCCUUUUGGGCGGUCCGGGCGGCUCGUAGAGAAUGGCUGGAUACAUGGAGACGGUUGUUCAACCGAAAUAGAUAUCUUCCCUCUGGUAUGUUCCAGAAAAUCCAGAUAGUUUGUUUCGUAGCUGAGUUGUCGAUAGGAGGCGGCGAAUUACUAUUUGAAAACGAGCACUUUUGUUUCUG